AAGCACCGAGCGCCGCUGCUGGACUCGCUCGGACGGGCUCUCGAGUCCAUGUUGGUUGCACGCGACUCGGCAGCACCGCAGGACCCGUCUGGGCGGUUCAUGGGGUGAGAAGGCGUUCGCGCGCUCGAGAAGCGGGAGAGUCGUCGCCAAGUUUGGACGGAGGCUCUCACCCGGGAUUUUUCAUCAGAGGACAUGGAGCUUUCUACCAGUGAACUUAGCAUUUACGAUAAACUUUCGGAGACUAUUGACUUGGUGAGACAGACUGGUUACCAGUGUGGUAUGUCUGAAAAGGCCAUUGAGAAAUUCAUCAAACAACUCUUAGAAAAAAAUGAACCACAAAGGGGACCUCCACGCUUUCCUCUUUUAAUGGUUCUCUAUAAGGGAUUGGUUACCCUGGGAGUAGUUUUAUUAACGGCAUACUUCAUGAUCCAGCCAUACACCCUUUCACCAUCUGAAAAUACACUCACCAAAACCCAUCCAUGGGGUUCCCUCAUUCAUCAUAUCCGGUUGCUGCCAUUACCUAUUACCAAGAAAUACAUGCUGGAGAAAUGUCCAGAGUGGUGGGGCUUAGACUGUAGACGGAAUAUGUCUCUAAUGGCCAAGUGCUCUUGCUGCUGUUCCAUGAAAACUCUUGUGGCUCCAGUUGACCUCAGGCAUCUAUCAGAAAAAAUCCUGCAAGGGCAGCCUCUCUUGAUCAAGACAGGACAGUAUCGUUCUUAUGCUGAAAUGAAACAUUUGCAGUUCCUCUACCCCGAAUUGACAGAUUUUGUGAUACAAGAGGAGGCAGCUGAGUUAUGGAACAGCCAUUCAAGGCAGCAACCUCCAUUUCCUGUUUUCCGGCAAAACCCUCUGAAUAAAUCUCAGAUUCUGCAAGAGAUUUUUCCCAUCUUCUCUUCCCUGCUGUUUCCAAAGGCCAUUUCUCUAAAAAGCUGUUUUCUCAUCCACCAUCCAAGGCUUCAAGAUAAGACAUACAGACUGCAGGGCACCUUUGUAGUAGGAAGUGGUCGGCUCAUCUUAUAUGUUAUGCCUUCCCUCUUGUGCAGAGAACACUGCAAGACAUUGAUGGUAGAGCUGGAAGCUGGAGAUAUUGGUUUUACAAAUGUAGAUUAUUGGACAACAAGUUUUAACUCCAGAGGAUCUGAACCUGUUGUUGUUUGUGAUGGAUCUGCCAGUUAAAAACUCAAGGUGUAAGAACUCAAUAUCAGGCACAAAAGAUACGGGGAUAAUACUGCUACAGUUUCCAGUGUUAAGUUUUCCCUUCUCAUCUGCAGUGAAGAAAGCCAUGCACUUUUAAAAGGACAUUUUAUUCAAGGUCACUGGCUUGUCUUUCAGAUGUUUUGGUAGAAACUGGAAGACCUCUUUUCUCUAGCUUUUUGCAGAGUUAUUCUUGAAAGCUGACUGAUGGAUUUUAUGGAGGGAAAGUUCUAUAAAGUACUCUUUGUGAACAUCGUUCCUUUUGACACUGCAGAAAGAGUUAUCUCAAAAUAUUUCUUUCCAGACAUCCUGGAGGAGGUAAUGUCAGAGCUGCUGAUGAAUCUGUCUCUGGAUCAUUGCUUUAAAAGAGCAAACUACUGAAAUACUGUGGAAGCUGAGAAAUUAAAAUGUCUCUUGAGAAAAGCAUUUGCUCAGGUUCUUAUCCUGUGUUACAGUUUGAAUGCGGAAAUUUGGUCCACAGUUUCAUUUUUUCCCACUGUGUUGUGAUGGCACAUCUUCAUAAUAUUCUUUCCAGUAAAAAAAGAAAAUCAUGUUAUCUUUUCACCUAAGAACACAGUGUGACUUUAUGUAGUCAUUGUCAAAAGUGUGUGGCUGAGGUGGGGUUUGUAUGCUAGACAGAGAAAAGCAUCCUGCAAAUUUAUUUUUCCAUCUCCUUUCAUGAAUAAAUAUGUAUUAUUGCUGCUUUUCCCUGGACUAAGUCAGUAGACUGUCAAAUUCAUUUUUUUUCAAAAAUGAGUAAUAAGUGCAUCAAAGAGCCAAAUUUGUCAGAGGGCUGACUUGGUGAGAAUGGUGAGCAUCUUCUGAAAAUUAAGCCUUUGGAGGUUGUCUGGGUUGGACACUCCAAAUCAGUCACCAUUUUAGUUUGUUCUUACCAUGGCUGAAAGCACUUUCUAAAAUUUUCAUUUGAAUUUCUCCAGUUCUUUUUACAAUUGAAGUUGUUAAUUUGUGGGCAGGUUUGGAAUGUGCAUUGUUUAAUGUGUGCCAUGAAUAUGUUUGCCAUUCUCCCUGAGCAUUAAUUUUCUCUUUCUUCAGCAUUUUCUUAGAAUACAUGUUUAAUUCUUGACCCCCUUCCCGGCUUUUUGCAUUUUCUCAUGCUUCUUGUGAACUCAUCUAUCUAGCAUCUUUAGAGGGGAUUACUUUCCAGCAUGUGUUGUCUGAAAUUGUAGUGGUGUUUCCCUUGAGUGAAUUUUUAGGUUCCUGUUGUGUUAAGAUAAUUUGCAGAUGUGUCAGGCUGAAGUCAGGCCAGCAGUGAUGCUAGUGUGCAUAUUUGAACAUGUUUAUGUGCUUUGGGGGAUUCUUUUAUUAAAAUGCAACCUUCCCAAUAAGAAGCAGAAUUGUAUUAAUUUGUAAAGAAAGGACUAGAGUAACAUCUUUGUUUUUUUAAAAAUCUUUCAGUUGAUUAUUAAUUGUUCAGCAGAUUAACAGUUAAAGGACCCUGUGGGAAUCAUGACCCCACUCUCAUAGGCAUAGUGCAAAUAGACAAACAUUGUUUAUUUCCUUCUGUUUCUGACUGCAAACAUGCAUAACUAAUUGGGGUAUUGAGAGACUAAAUUGGCAAUGAAGUUAGUCUUAGGGAUCUGUAAAGGAUCUGUGAAUAAAUAAGUGAUAGCAUUAUGAAGCUUAAAUUUUUAGAAGGUGGGAACUAAAUCUGCAUCACUGCUGUUUAAGUGCUUGUUUUCACCUUUUUUUAAAAAACAGAAAUUUCACCUUAUAACUUCACUUUAGGUCGGUAUAGAAAAAAGAAAACUUCUUUGUAUCAGGGCUAUGUGUUUUACUAAGGGUGUGUGUGUGAUGAUAGCUGUAUAAGUGGACAAAUGUGUUGUUUGCUUUUUCAUUAAUGUUUCCUAUAUCCUCUUUAUGAGAAUAAGCCCCAUUAAAUUUAAUGGCACUUGCUUCUCAGAAAGCAUGUAUAGAUAAUGGAUGAAAAACCUCAGUCUGUUUGUGUGUGUGUGUGUGUCUGUGCCUCCUAAGUGGAAUUCCUUGCUUGAUUUCUCUACACUUCGGGUUUUUUUCUCUAGAAGGUUUCUAAAUUCUUCAUUCAUUUUUUACCAGGAAUGAAUAUAGAUCCAUCUACCCAAAGAAUACUGUUUUUUAAUUGCAUAUUGAUCAUAUUUUUGCUUUUUAUACAAAUAAUUCAGAAGAAAAAAAAAUCCAAAGCAUUUCAGAAGAUGACAAAGGCCACUUAAAUCUAUAAAAUUAUGGAUUUUAUUUAUGUUUUGGUAGUGAAAUAUCGAUAUUUAAGAGUUUAUGUCAGUGAUGCUCACUGUUUAACAAUGUGCUGGACAGCAGGGAAUUGAUGAGUAUUAUGUCAAUCUGAGGGUCUCUGGAGAACAGUUGUUUAAAGGUACAAAUAUUUCCAUAAGAUGGUUUGUUUUUUUCACUCUCAAAUACAGCCCAGGAUAUUGUUAGCAUAUUGGACAGGGGAUAAUACAUCUAUCCUACUUUUGGACUCUGGUUUUCCACGUGCACUUUUGUCUUUGUAUUGGCUUCCAGAUCUGGGUCUAGGAGGUGCUGUGAACAUGUCCAAGUCUCAUUCCCUCUGGAGUUUACAUCAUUUGUUUUCAAACUUCCAGUACAUUUUCUCCUUUUUUUCUACAAGCUGCAAGGAAUUAAAAACAGAAGUAAUUGCUCAAGAGGAAUCUGAGAUCCAAGUUCUCUGAUUUUCAGCUGAUUAAGAGCAUUUACUUAGAUAAGACCUUUAGAUGUUUCAUUUGGAAUGCAUACUACUAUUGGAAGGCAGGCCAAGGCUGUUAAAGAGCAUAUGACAAUGAAUAUGUAUGUAUGUAUGUAUGUAUGUAUGUAUACUUCACUGCUGUUUUCAGCACUUUUGCCACUCAGUAAUAUUCUCCUGUUGCAUGAUAUUGAAAGAUUUUUUGCAGAAAAUGUUUUAGAUUUCCUGUCCAAUAUUCACUGUAUAUGUUGGUUGACCUGUUCUUUGCCUCUUCUGGAGAAGCAACCUAGUUGCUCUGUUGCGCUACAGUUAUUUACAAAACAUUAAAUUCUGUGAGUGCAGUCCUAAAGAUGGCAUUGGCUGGUGUGUUUCUUGGCUAGGUUCAGUGGCCAAGAUACAGAUUUUGUUUGCCAGUUGCAUAGUGAUGAAAGAUUUUCCUUUGCCAUUGGUGAAUUGAAGUGAUACAAUGGUUUGCAGAAAUGAGUAGGAUUAAGCAACAUUUAUUGAGGCUUGCCCAUGUGUCUAAACGCACCCACAUCCAUGGAUACUUGGUGUUCAGAUCACAACAGGGUCCUCCUACCCACAAAUAGCAGCUUUAAGAUUCCUACCCUGGGAUCAAGGUAGGACCUAGAGCAAACAGGCUUCAUAAAAUUUUGUAAGCAAUUUCAAGGAAAUCGUAAGGGUGUUUCUGUUGCACACAGUGGGAGAAGUUGCAGAUAAUUAUUUAUAGUUGUAGGAGGAAAGUUGUGUGUUCAAAGGGAAUGGCAAUUUUGUGUAACUCUGACAGAGCUGAUAGGGGUUAGGCCUUCCUGGAGCCACUGUUUGUCUACAAAGACAAAAUCUUCACUAGAAAUUCAGCUACCAUUGAAUGGAAGGCAUUUGCAUCUCAGAAUAUUUCUCUGGUUUCCUUUUUUUCAUUUAUUAGGGAAUGUACAGUUUAGCAAAGCCUGGAAGGGAUGACUUUUUAAAGAAACAAAAUUAUCUGCUCUUUUACUGGUUAAGGGAAAUACUCACGUUUCUUGUUUUAAAGACUUGAGUAUUUUUUAAUAUCAUUUGUCCAUGUACAGAAUAGUGUUAAUGUGUCUCACUGCUAUAUUAUAAAAGCUCAGGGGUGCCUGGGAAGUAGUUAUUUGUUUGUGUAUAUUGAAUAUCCAUGUACUCCAAAUUAUGGAACUUUUCAUAUAAAUGAAUGUAAAUAUGCAAUUCAUGCAGAGUUUUAUGAACAAUUAUAAAGUAAUAUAUUGUAACUUUUUGUAAAUAUUGGGAAAUGGCUGUAAAGAAUGUAAAUAAAUCAGAUUUAUAUGUUGAAAGUAGAGGUCAAUUUUUACUUUUUGCAAUUAAAUACAAUUGUUGAUGCACUUUGCCCCAUAUGGCUUUUUCCUUUGUUAAAUAAAUAAUGUUCUGUCAAAA